AUGUGUGACUGUGAGGAGGGCUUCGCAGGGUCGAUGUGUGAGGAGGCGUUGGGCGAAUGGACUACCUGGUCGGCUUGGACUUCCUGUGAGCCCUUCUGCGGUAAUCAACGCCUCCGCCGUCGCAUUCGCGUCUGUUCCGGUGACCGUGAAGAGGACUGUAUUGGUGCUGUGGAGCAGGUGCAAUUAUGUCCAGACGGUGAGCCUUGUCCACAGACGCUCUCCUCAGACGAGGUGGAGUGGAAAGAUUUCGCCGAUUGGUUUUGCAUCCUCUUGUCAGCAACCGUAGUCUACAUGGGUCUCCUGCUUCUUCUCCUAACCAUCCUUUCACUCUGCAAACCCGUCGCAAGGACUGAGGAAACGGCACAGACAGUUGAUUUGUGUCGGGUCACUUUACAGAGUCGUAAAUUACGGUAUGAUGGUGGUGAUCGCCUAGGCACAAGUCAACAAUGCUAG